AUGAUCGAAUAUUUCAUUUCCGAUGUUUUCAUCAACGAACAUCGAAAGGUCAACAAGAAACUGGAAGCCCUACGGAACCUCCAAAAGACUCUUCCUACUCUCCUUCGUGCUCGUACACAGUGCGUAAGUGGCCUAAUGGGCCUCUGGUGGGAACAGUGGUUCUCGGACAAACUGUGUUUCAUCAGUGGAGCUGAUAAGUGUCUUAUUGUUCGAAGCUGUUCGGUUGUGGCUGGUGACACAACACACGAAUUGAUAGGCGCGGAUGGUUGUUCGAAAAAUACGAAAAUCCUGCCGCAUCUCACAUAUUUCAAUCCGGUUAGCGUAGUUUACUGCAAAUAUUCCUAAUU